AUGAGUGACAGAAAGAGAAGAGCUGAUUUUGGGGAGGAUGACGAGUAUCGUCAAGACUUCAGACCACACGUCCAAAAGAGGCAAAGGGUCCCCCCAGUCGUCCAGCUAUGUAAAGAAAUGAUGCCAGAUAUAUGCACCAUUGGUGAGUCAGCGAAAGCUUUUGAGGAUGAUAUUAAAUUUCUUAGCGAAGCAAUUGUUAAUGAAUAUGGGCAUGAAGAGUAUUUCAAUAACGCUCUUUUGAGUACUUUCCUCGCUGUGGUGCUAGAACAACCUCAGAAACAGCCUGCUAUUUCUCUGCUGACUAUUGUCGUUAACGCAGGUAAUGAGGUAGCUGGUAAAAGCAUUGUAAACUUUUUCUAUGAAAAAUUGCAGAAAUUCUGCAAUGACUCUACCAACCCUGAUUUAGAAUUGGAAUCCAAUGAUACCGGCUGUUGGAAUAAAAUCAAGCUGAUUAUGAGGUUUCUAUCGUUAUUGUCCCCCAUUUUAUUGGUCGAUGAUAUAAUUACACUUUACAAGAAGCUAUUUGAUUUAGCUAUUGAGCUAAACAAUUUGGAUAGCGAAAAGAGGAAUCCAUUGGCCGAAGAAAUAUACACCAACACUAUGCUGAACGUUCCUUACUUAUUUUAUUUCAGCAGGUCAAAUGAAAACUUGAAAGAGAAAACAAAUGAACUGAUUACGUAUGUUGAGUCGAAUUUCACCAUCAGAAGUACAAAUUUUGAUAUAUUGCGCGAAUACAACUUCGAUUCACCAUACAAUAUUGCUGAGCUACCUCAAAUUGUUCUUCCAAACGUCAAGAACGUGCUAGCCAAUGGAAUGGAGCAAUUAAAUCAAUUAUUUUAUGAUUGGAGUUAUCUACUACCUGAACAGUCUGGUGAUCAAGGUUUCAAUGAUGCUUUGAGUCUGCCUUCCAUACAAGAUCUUCAACCAUUUAGUCAAUUGGCCGGGAAAAACAUCGGAUCUGUUGACUCCACAUGGAGAACCCCGGCUUACAUUUUCCAUGUCUAUUUGCCCCGCUCCAGUGGUGACUUUGACACAGUGGUUCCAAUUGACACGUACGCUGGUCAGUUGUUCAAAGACAUAUACAUUGAUAUUGUAGAGAGUCUGGAAUUUAACAGGAAAGAGGUGGCAAAGCAAAUGGUCUCUCUAAACUUGUUUUUCAAGGAAGGGAUCUUUGUAGAAGCUGGCGAAUCUAUUGCUGACCUCAUUGCUGCCCGUGAAGAGAAUCUUCUGGCACCAACUUACAAGAUUGAAGAUUUGGCAAUCGAAACUGUUUUGAGCUUGGUCCUCAAACUUCCAAACAUUUCUCAUCCAUUUGCCUAUUUCUAUGCACUUCUGGUUGAUAUAUGUCAAAACUCACCAAAAGCUAUUGCACCAGUGUUUGGUAGAGCCUUUAGAUUUUUCUACCACAACAUCUACAAAUUGGACUUUGAAUUAAAACUUAGAUUUUUGGAUUGGUUUUCCAUUCAGAUGAGUAACUUCAACUUUUCUUGGAAAUGGAAUGAAUGGGAAAACGACUCUGUGCGUUUCAACAAGUCGUUUUACAACCCGAGAAUUACCUUCAUUAGGAACCUGAUCAGAAAGGAGUUGAGAUUGACAUCAAACCCAGUCGACGUUGACGGUAGUUUGCCUGAAGAGUUCAAGCAAUAUUUGGACACUUCGUACAUUUCAUUGGAGAGUGUACAGAAAUUUUACCAAACCUUGUUUACUGAUUUCUCAGUUGAUCUAGAAGACGUAAGAAGAAACGACUUGUACUUUAAGCAAGAGAAUGUUCCAUUUGCUGAAAUAACAGUUGAGUUACUGGAUUACAUUCACAAGCAAAAUGAUGCGAGAACUUAUACGGAACUGGAGGAGAUUAUCAACAAACUGAAGGAAGGGCAUCAAUCAAUCAUCCCCGAUUUUGACCGCUUUGUCGUCAUACUGGUUACUCAAGCCGUUGUUCACUCCGGUAGCAGAUCGUUGUCGCAUGCCAACAAAUAUAUUAGUGAUUUGCAAGAGGAUCUCAAGACACUAUUCAACAGUCUCCAAAUUGACGAAUCAGUUAAGGAAACAGCUAUAAUCGAAGCGGUCAUGUCUUAUUGGAACUCUAACUCGCAAAAUGGGUUCCUCAUCGUUGAUGCUUUCAAGUUUGGUGGUAUGGUAAGUUCCAACUCCAUUUACAGUUUCUGUUUGGCCGAUUUGGAAGGUAAUAUCCAUGGUUUGACCGAUGUUACUGCCAUUGACACCAUUUUCAGAACUCUAUCGCAACAGCUUGACACGGAUGCUGCCGACACCGCAGAUUUUGAGCUCGUUUUUGAAAAGUUAUGUUUGAUUGUAAACAAGACGGUGGAGGAGUUAGAAAUUCAGCCAGAGGAUCAAAUCGUGAUUCCAGAAAUUGAAGACGACACCCCGGUUGAUCCGGUGACCGAGGUACCAAGAUUGGAUUUGAUGUGGAAAUACUCUAGUGCUGUGAGCUUCACCAAAAGUUUAGUGAGAAAAUAUUCAGACCAAUUUAAGUUGUUGAACGAGAAGUUGAGCAAUGGGUUGGAGGUCGCCAUUCCCCAUGUUCCAACGAGAAACAUUUUUGGGAAAUGGCUGGAAGAGGUUAAAGAUUUGUAA